AUGGUUGCUUCAUCAGUUUUAGGUUUCCCUCGUAUUGGUGGCCAAAGAGAAUUAAAAAAGACCACUGAAAGUUAUUGGAAUGGUAAAGUUGAUCAAGAAACUUUAGUUAACAAAGGUAAAGAAUUAAGAUCAACUAACUGGAAAAUCCAAAAAGAUGCUGGUGUUGAAAUCAUCCCAUCUAAUGAUUUCUCAUUCUAUGAUCAAGUUUUAGAUUUAUCUUUAUUAUUCAAUGUUGUCCCAGAAAGAUACUUAAAAUUCAACUUAUCACCAAUUGAUAUUUUAUUCGCUAUGGGUAGAGGUUUACAAAGAAAAGCUACUGAAACCACUGAAGCUGUUGAUGUUACUGCCUUAGAAAUGGUUAAAUGGUUCGAUUCAAACUACCAUUAUGUUAGACCAACUUUCUCCCACUCAACUGAUUUCCAAUUAGGUAAAUUCGGUUUAAAACCAGUUGAUGAAUAUUUAGAAGCUAAAGCUCAAGGUAUUGAAACCAGACCAGUUUUAUUAGGUCCAAUUUCUUAUCUUUAUUUAGGUAAAUCUGAUAAAGAUUCUUUAGAUUUAGAACCAUUAUCUUUAUUACCAAAAUUAUUACCAGUUUACAAAGAAUUAUUAUCUAAAUUAAAAGAAGCUGGUGUUACUUCAGUUCAAAUUGAUGAACCAAUCUUAGUUUUAGAUUUAGAAGAAUCUGUUAGAUCUUUAUACAAAUCUACUUAUGAUGAAUUAUCAUCAGUUGGUUUAGAUUUAGUCUUAACUACUUACUUCGGUGAUGUUAGACCAAACUUAGAUGCCAUUAAAGGUUUAAAUGUUGCUGGUUUCCAUUUCGAUUUCGUCAGAUCCCCAGAACAAUUUGAUGAAGUUGCUGAAAUUGUUGGUGAUAAAAUCUUCUCCGUCGGUAUUGUUGAUGGUAGAAACAUUUGGAAAGCUGAUUUCGCUAAAGCUUCAGAAAUUAUUUCAAAAGCUAUUGCUAAAUUCGGUGAAGAUAAAGUUAUUGUUGCUUCAUCAUCUUCAUUAUUACACACCCCAGUUGACUUAAACUCUGAAAAGAAAUUAGAUGCUACCAUCAAAGACUGGUUCUCAUUUGCUACUCAAAAAGUUGAUGAAAUUGUUAUCUUAACCAAAAACGCUAAAGGUGAAGAUGUUUCAGCUGAAUUCGCUGCUAACGCUGCUUCAAUCAAAUCAAGAACUGAAUCAUCAAUUACCAACAAUCCAAAAGUUCAAUCUAGAUUAGGUGAAAUUAAUGAAUCAUUAUCUACCAGAAAAUCACCUUUCCCAACCAGAUUAGAAUCUCAACAAAAGAAAUACAACUUACCAUUAUUCCCAACCACCACCAUUGGUUCAUUCCCUCAAACUAAAGAUAUCAGAGUUAACAGAAACAAAUUCACCAAAGGUGAAAUUACUGCUGAACAAUAUGAUGAUUUCAUCAAAAAGGAAAUUGAUACUGUUGUUAAAUUCCAAGAAGAAAUCGGUUUAGAUGUCUUAGUCCACGGUGAACCAGAAAGAAACGAUAUGGUUCAAUACUUCGGUGAACAAUUAGAUGGUUUUGCCUUCACCACUAACGGUUGGGUUCAAUCAUAUGGUUCAAGAUACGUUAGACCACCAAUUAUUGUUGGUGAUGUUUCUAGACCAAAAGCUAUGACUGUUAAAGAAUCAGUUUACGCUCAAUCUAUCACUUCUAAACCAAUGAAAGGUAUGUUAACUGGUCCAGUUACUUGUUUAAGAUGGUCUUUCCCAAGAAAUGAUAUUUCUCAAAAAUUACAAUCAUUACAAUUAUCUUUAGCUUUAAGAGAUGAAGUUAAUGAUUUAGAAAAAGCUGGUAUUACUGUUAUCCAAGUCGAUGAACCAGCUUUAAGAGAAGGUUUACCAUUAAGAUCAGGUAAAGAAAGAUCUGAUUACUUAAACUGGGCCGCUCAAUCUUUCAGAGUUGCCACUUCAGGUGUUGAAGAUUCUACUCAAAUUCACUCACAUUUCUGUUACUCAGAUUUAGAUCCAAACCAUAUCAAAGCUUUAGAUGCUGAUGUCGUUUCAAUUGAAUUUUCUAAAAAAGAUGAUCCAAACUAUAUCCAAGAAUUUUCAAACUAUCCUAACCAUAUUGGUUUAGGUUUAUUCGAUAUUCACUCACCAAGAAUUCCAUCAAAAGAAGAAUUCAUUAAAAGAAUUGGUGAAAUCAUGAAAGUUUACUCUGCUAACAAAUUCUGGGUUAACCCAGAUUGUGGUUUAAAAACUAGAGGAUGGCCUGAAGUUAGAGAAUCAUUAACCAAUAUGGUUGAUGCUGCUAAAUAUUUCAGAGAUCAAUAUUAA